GCGGGCGGGAACAAUAGGAUUCUCCCCUGCCCAGCCCCCCCUGCCCGCCUUUGUCUUGCACUGGGGAUAAUGGGCAGCAGCGAGGGUGGGAACCGGCCUGGCCAUUUGGUCACUGGACAGUAAUUUUCUCACACUGCCAAGGGGAGCAUUGAAACAUCUGUCCCGCUCCGCUGCCUCAUUCAUGUCCCAUUUCAAACCCCUGACAACUUCUCCCUGCCUGCUCGCCCUCCCCCUCCGCCUGGUUUUCCAGGGUGCGACUGUGCUUUCCGGGAGUUUUGGCUUUUCUUCUCCCCAAAUGCAACUCGUCUUUAAAGGCUGGGAUGGAGGCAGGUUUGCUUCUCCAUCCUUUCGCGCUUGAGUUUGCUUUGGUGGCAGCAGCGCUCGUGCAAACCCGUGCAUCCCCCCCUCUGCCCUUCUUCUUGCGGUGGCUUCCCUGGAGGAGCAGCCCCAGCCCAUGCCGUGGUCGUGGUGGGCUUCCAGCUGCAAAUACGGUGUUGUCCAACCUCUUGCAGGCUCCUAGAAAAGCAAUUCCCAUCACCGUGCUUAUCUGGUAGACACCAGUUUUCAACUGGCGUUGGAGCAGUGGGAUUCAGGGGUUGAUGCUGAUCCUCACUAUGGGAAAGAGCUGAGCACUCCUUGGAGAAAUGACCGUUUGUGGCUGUCCUCGUGCUGGGUUGUCCCUGGAAAUCAAGCUGCUCUACUGCAGGAGAAGAUAGAUGUAGAGCUGCUUGGGGUGUGGCCCGCCAGGUCUUCCUGUCUCCAUGAAGGGAUGGGUGAGGGUAUCUGUGCCACCGUCGAGGGUAACUCCAGAAGAAACAGCCUGGAAAUGCCACCAGGAUUCGCUGGUUGUGGUGGUGGCAGCUCGUUCCCACCGUGCUGCUCUGCACCAAGCCCAGUGCCAUGGUGGAUGCCGGAGCAAUUGGCCACCCCCCAGGACUUCCCAAACCCCCUUUCCUCCUGCCCUGAGCUCCGUGUUGUUUUUUUUGGGGGGAGACAGAAGCUGCCGUGCUGCACAUCUCCCACCACGGCCCAGUGCUCUGAGCAAGGCUGGAAAUUCCUGCUGGUUUAGUGCCUUCAAGAAAGAGAAAAUCUUAUUCCACAUGGACUCAUCCAAACCCAUGAAGAGGUUCUCAUUGCCUUUUGCUCUCCCACAAGGAAGGGCCCCCCUGUCCCUCCAUGCCAAGGUAGACCCCGUGUGUGUGUCUCAGGGAACAGUUGCUUUAGGAAGAUGGGUUUGGGGAGUAGCGUUGUCCUUUGUGUCCAUUAAAAAAGGCUCUUUCCCGCAGGCAGUCGGGGCCGGCUCUGCCGGAGUGCUGAUCUAUCAGAAGCACUUUAAUAAUGGCCAGUAAAUGCAGGGAGGAUGCCGGAUAAAGCCCCGCAAAGCUGCCAUUUAAAUCCUCUUGUGUAAGUUUGAUAUCCAAAGUGGAAGUACAAAUGCCAUAUAAGUCAAUUAAAGCAUUAAGUAAUCUAAUUGUGCCGUGGUCACAAAGUGGCUUAAAGGCUGAGAGAGGCGAGUGAAUGGUGCACGAGGUCCCCUCCUGGUUCCUGCUUUCGCCGUCCCCCGAGGCACCGGGCAUAAGAGCAGGGGGGAAGUGGGGGACCUGCGCCGGGGGGGUGAUGAGCGACACUGCCACCCCCUUUUGCAGACAUUCGAGGGCCACCGGGUAUUUGGGGCUGGAGGAAGAGAAGGUGACACCAACCUGUGCAUCCUGAUGAUGUGGAGUCGUUGCGGGGAACGGCGAGGCGAGGUUGGUGAUGGAAGUCACGCAACCUGAUGUCUGUUGAAGAUGCACUGGUCACCAGAGCAUGCCCAGUCCCUGAACCAGUGGCCGGAGCAGCACCUCGACGUCUCCUCCACCACCUCCUCACCAGCCCACAAGUCCGACCUCUACCCCAGCACUCGCCAGCGCUUCAACUACGCCUGGGCCAACGACGACAUCUCCGCUCUCACCGCCUCCAACCUCCUCAAGAGGUACGCCGAGAAGUACUCGGGGGUGCUGGACACAUCCUACGAGCGCCCAGCGCUGAGCAGCUACGGGGAUGGAGCCUUCGGGCCCGUUAAUGGGCAGAAAGGGGAUGGGGAGCCCUGGCCGGUGGCGCACGGCUCCGACGGCGCCUACCCACUAACCCCCAUCCACGAUGGCCUCGCCAGCGCCAAGGGGGUGGUGCCACCCGCCGUCCCCACCAGCGGCGGUGCUAUCGGGCUCGGUGGCUCCCCGGUGGUGUCCGCCAACCUCGCUGAUCCCAUGUACCCCGGGAAUGCCUGCGGAGGAGCUGCCACCGGCUCCAGCGGGCUCGGGUCAUCUCAGGAGUACCCCUCAGGCUACGGUGGCACCUACUUGCCCUCUGGCUACUGCACCCAGCCGGCGGCCGCGCUCCCUCCGCCUCACCCCCCUGCCCUCCACGGCUCAGGGCUCCUGCAGCCCCCGCACCCCUCAUCCGCGCUGGUGCCGGGCUACGGCUCCUCGGGCCCCAUGUACAACUACACCGCUGGCAGCUACACAGCGCAGCCGGGCUACGGCACCAUCCACGCGCCCCAUCCCUCUGCCUCCUACCUGCCCUCCGGCAUUGCAGCACCCACUCCUAUCCCCGCCCCGCCGCCUGCCACCCGCCCACCUGGAGUCCCCGGCUACGGCUACCAGGGUGCCGGAUUGACCCCCCUGGCCAUGCCGCCCCUCGGCACCGAGGCGUCAGGCACUCUGAAGAGGAAGGCUUUCGACAUCUCCGGCGGGGAGGAUGAGGGGGAGGGCAGGUAUAGAAAAUACAGCUAUGAGCAGCCAAAGUCCCCCUACCCCAUGUCGGACAACGGCGAGUGCCGGGGCAAUGGGUUUGUUGGCAACGCCGAGUCCUCCCAGGUGGCCUUCAAGCCUGGGAAGCGGCCGACGGGAGCCGGGAAUGCUGAGGAACACACCAGCAAGUACGGAGGGCAGACGAUGAAGAGUAUGGUCUCACCACCCUACAGUGCCGGGGAUGCUCCGCUGCGGCCGACGGAGCCCUUUGAGAAGUUCAGCCCCCCUCUUGCCAAUGGGGAGCGGACGGCCGAGCCAGGCCCCACCUUCCCGCUGCGGCUGCCCCCCAAAGCACCGGUCUUCAGCAACCCACCGGUGGAGGAGCAACCCAAGAACAUUGACCCCUUGGCCUUGGAGCUGGUGAACACCAAGAUCGUGGAACGUGGGCCUCCUGUGCAGUGGACAGACAUCGCUGGGCAGGUGUCCGUGAAGGCCACCAUCGAGGAGGAGUUAGUGUGGCCCAUCCUGCGUCCCGGAGCCUACACUGGGGUGAGUCGGCCACCCCGAACCAUCCUGCUGUUUGGUCCCCGUGGCACGGGGAAGACCCUGCUGAGCCGGUGCAUCUCCACCCAGCUGGGUUCCACCUUGCUGAAGCUCAGUGGGACAACCUUACUCUCCACCUGGAAAGCCGAAGCCGAGAAGAUCCUGCAGACCGUCUUCUUCGUGGCCAGCUGCCGACAGCCCGCGGUGGUGCUCAUCACCGAGGCCGAGUCCUUGCUGGCAGCCCGGGCUGGCGAGGACAGCAGCCAAGUGAGCAACCUCAAGUCCCAGCUUCUCUCCUACCUGGACAACGUGGCUACCUCAUCCGAGCAGAACGUGGUUGUCAUCGGGACCACCUCCCGGCCUGGCAGCAUGGAUGAAGCUUCCCAUCGGCGCUUCGCCAAGCGGUUCUACAUCUCCCCACCAGACAGCAUCGCCCGGCGGCAGAUCCUCCAUCACGCCUUGGCUCAGCAGAGCUCCUGCCUCAGCGAGCGGGAGAUGGCUUCCCUAGUGCAGCACACGGAGAGCUUCUCGGGCAGCGAGCUGCUCCAGCUCUGCCAGCACGCCGGGACCACCACGCUGCAUGGUUUGCCGGGCCAGAUCCAACCCACUUCCUACCAGGACUUUGAGAAGGCGUUCUGCAAGGUCAGCCCUGCCACCUCCCAGAAGGAGCUGGACUUAUUCCUGGAGUGGGAUAAGAUGUACGGCACCAGGCACUGACGGCGCGGCAUCGGGGGGGACAGGGGUGUGGGACAGACCCUUCGCCCCAGCCCUGCUUUUGGGGAGGGCAUCCUCACCUCGUGGAUUCCUCAAAGCUCCAUCCAACCUGACCUUGAACACCUCUGGGGAUGGGGCAGCCACGACUUCCUGGGCGACCUGGGCCAGUACCUCCCCACCCUCCCAGUAAAUAUUUUCAUCCUAAUAUCUCAUCUAAUAGAUAUUAGGAAUAAUAGGAUGUAAUAAUAUCAUGGAUGCAGGGUUUGGAGGGGCCAGAUUGGGGUUUGCAAGGGCUUUGGUUCUCUACCAGGGCUGGACAACCCCAUCCAGCAGCUCAGGAGACCCUGGACAGCCCUGCCCACACGCACCGUCCUCUUCUUCGCCGUUCUGGACUCAACUGGGCUUUUCCUCUCCUCAGCAGCCGUUGCCCGCUGAACUCAGGAUCACCUAUUUAUUAUUCUCCCGUUCAUCCGUCCCUGGACCGGCGACGCGGGGCCAGUGGCACCUCGGGAUCCGCCUUUCGGAUGUAUGAGCCCCCCCCCCGGCUUUCCAGAGGCUUAAUUAUCCUUAUUUUUUAAUUGCUUUUAUUGUUCCUAACAGAAAUACCUCGGGCGCCUUCAGAGCAAGGCAGCCCCUCGCAGCCCAGGGGCGAUGGCCUCGGUUGGGAAGGGAGGGGAAUGGGAUGGGGGGGAAACCCAAAACCAGGGGGGUUUUGGAGUAAAACGCUGUAGAUCGUUGAAGAUACUAGACUUGGGUUUUUUUAUUUUUGUAAGGUAUGUAGUAUUUUUGUUGUUGUUUUCUUUUUAACUACUCAGGAAAAGAA